UUCAAUUAUUGGGGGGGAGUGAGCUAAUUCUUCGACAGAGACGAUGAUGAAGCCGACCAAGAUUUUGCGGGCCCUAGUGGGAAAACCCAGAUCGCUGUCCACAGCAGAAAGGUACAAAUCGGUGCCCAAAGAAGCGGCGGACGCGGUGGUUAUAGGCGCCGGAGUGGUCGGCAUAGCGGUGGCGCGUGAGCUUGCAGUGAAACUCGGCCGAGAAGUUCUUGUGCUGGAUUCGGGCCCUACUUUCGGUACGGGCUCGAGUUCUCGCAACAGUGAAGUCAUUCACGCCGGCAUUUACUACCCUCCCAAUUCUCUCAAGGCACUUCUCUGUGUUAAAGGGAGGGAUUUGCUGUACAAAUACUGCAAGCAACACGAGAUUCCGCAUAAACAAAUCGGGAAACUAAUCGUCGCCACAAGAUCUUCGGAGAUUCCCAUGUUGGACUCGCUCAUGAAUCGAGCAAUGGAAAAUGGAGUCGGAGAUUUAAGGAUGAUCGACGGUCGAGAAGCUACGAAAAUCGAACCGGAAUUGCAAUGCACGAGAGCGUUGCUAUCCCCUUCUUCUGGAAUUAUCGAUAGCCACUCGUUUAUGCUAUCACUUCUGGGCGAAGCAGAGAACAACGGAGCGACUUUCUCUUACAAUACAACCGUAAUUGGUGGUAGUUACGAAGAAAAAGACGAUACUAUCCAGCUCUACGUUUCCGAAAGUGAAUCUCUUGGAAACUGGGAUAAAGAAUCGCCGUUGAAGCCGGAUUUAAUUCUUACUCCAAAACUUGUUGUCAACUCUGCUGGCUUGGGUGCUCUAGCACUUUCAAGAAGCUUCCACGGACUAAAUAGCGGGAAUAUUCCGAAACCCUACUUCGCCCGUGGGUCCUACUUCACGUUAUCGAAUGUUAAAUCUCCUCCUUUUCGACAUUUGAUUUAUCCGAUACCGGAAGAUGGUGGACUUGGUGUACAUGUUACGUUGGAUUUAGACGGGCGGGUCAGAUUUGGUCCGGAUGUUGAAUGGAUUGACGGUAUCGAUGACGUUUCGAGCUUCCUCAACUUGUUCGAGUAUUCUGUGCCUGGAGAUGGUGCGAAUCGGUUUUAUCCGGAGAUAAGAAAGUACUAUCCGGGUCUGAAAAACGGGUCAUUGGAUCCGGGUUAUUCAGGUAUUCGAGCGAAAAUUUCCGGGCCAAUGCAGGCUAGUGCUGACUUUAUGAUACAGGGAGAAGAGAUUCAUGGAAUUACAGGGUUGAUAAACCUAUUUGGUAUUGAAUCGCCUGGACUCACUUCAAGUAUGGCUAUUGCGGAAUACGUUGCUGCUAAUUUAUCAAAAUGAAGAAGAAAAAAACGAAAAAACUUCGUAUCAUUACACUAGGAUUAGUUUAUCUAUCCUUGAGUCAUUGAUAACAAACAUUUUAAAUGUAAUUCAUGCUACAAAAUUUCGAUUUUAAAGCGUCGAUAAAUUUGAUCACUCAAAAAUAUCAGCAGUAUUUUGUUGUU